AUGAGCUCAUCACCAGAGGAGCCACCUCGCCUGCCCUCGCCAGGCCCAGCCAAGCUCUGCAUCGCCGUGUCCUGCUUCGCUGAGGAUUCGCCGGCCCUGCUGACGGGCAGCGGGCUGCUGGUGGGGGGGGCCAGGCCCCAGGACCCGGCCGCGGGGGGCGCGGCCCGGCGGAAGCGGGAGUUCACCCCAGAGGACAAGAAGGACGAUGGCUACUGGGACAAGCGCAAGAAGAACAACGAGGCGGCCAAGCGCUCGCGGGAGAAGCGGCGCGUCAACGACCUGGCGCUGGAGAGCCGGGUGCUGGCGCUGCUGGAGGAGAACGCCCGGCUCAAGGCCGAGCUCCUGGCCCUCAAGUUCCGCUUCGGCCUCAUCCGCGAGCCGGCCGAGCCCCCGAGGCCGGCCGCUGCGCCCGCCCCCUACCCGUACCCGCUGGGCACCGAGCCCCUGCCGCCACUGCCGCGCUACGGCCGCCCCUUCCAGCCGGAGCCGGGCGGGGGGUACUCUGAGGACUCCGGGUUCUCCACGCCCGGCAGCUCCAGCAUGGGCAGCCCCGUCUUCUUUGAGGAGCGGGACGGGUUCGAGGGGCACUGCCUGGUGCCUGAGGCCCCCGGGGAGGCGGGGGAGGCAGGCCGGGGGGGGCGCUAUGACCCGGCGGGGGAUGCCGUCAAGAGCUUGCCCCACAAGCUGCGCUUCAAGAUGGCCGGGGGGCCCGAGGAGAUGGGGGGCGAGGCCCAGGCCCCCUAUGCCCCGUCGCCGCCCGCCGGGGGACUGGAGCCCGGGUACCAGACGGAGAACGGUGCCCUCCGGAGCCAGCUGGCAUCGCUGUCGGCCGAGGUGGCUCAGCUGAAGAAGUUCUUCUCCGAACAGAUCCUGGUCAAGAUGAACUGA